AUGCACUACAUUCUGGCUCUCCUGGCUAUCCCUUUCGUGGCAGCCACCACGCUGACCGCACCGAUGUCUGCCGCCUCAUGCAGCUCCUCGGGCAACAAGCAAGUCUGCUGUGACGGCGUCGCUAACUGCCUUGUUCAAGUCAUCGGCGAUACCUGCAGUGCUAAUGCUUAUUGCUGCAAGACUGAUGCCGAAUCGGGCAAUGGGAUCAACCUUGACCUCCUGAACUGCGUCAAGUUGCUUUAA